AUGCCAGCUGGGAACUGUGACCUGACAACCAUGGACGACGAGUCUUCAGGGGAGAUUGCUCCUCGCCAACUCACGCUGCGGGAUCGGGUUACUGUUGCGACGCUGGUGCCAUUUCAUUCUUGGGAGCAGAUCCCCAAGUCGCUGAUCGUGUACCUAUGCAACCAGCUGAACAGGGAGAUUGAAAAGGGGGACACUUAUGCUAUGGUCGACCCGAUCCCGGUGCGGCACUUUGCGCCGUACUGGUUUUCGAAUUUUGGCGCUAUUAUGCUCAUUGGAGACAUUAAGAAUGUGAAUGAUGUUCAAGAGAUGGAGGGCAACGUCAACUGGGCCAAAGCCUGCCUCGGGAGCUUUAAUGUCAGACCAAACUAUCCUGGGCGGAGUAGUCAUGUCUGUAACGGCAUGUUUCUGGUCACGGACGCUGCGAGAAAUAAGGGUGUAGGCCGGCUGAUGGGAGAAGCCUAUCUUGAUUGGGCCACUAGGCUGGGAUACACAUAUGCCGUCUUCAACCUGAUUUACGAGAGCAACGUCGCCUCAUGUCGACUUUGGGAAGGACUCGGGUUCAAGCGAAUUGGCAGGGUGCCCAAUGCCGGCAGAGUCCUCUCUAGCCCUGGCGAAUUCGUCGACGCCAUCAUCUACGGCCGCGACCUCGGCUCGGACGGCGAAGACCCCGUCACACAAGAUCGCUUCGACAAGAUCCGUUACUAUCUCAAGCACUCUAAAUAUCCCAGAGGCGCCGACCGAGCCGAGAAGAGUCGACUCCGCAGCGCAGCCACGCACUAUAAACUCGUUGAAGGCGAAAACGGCGAGGAAGAAAAGCUUAUGCUGAAAGAUAAAGAAGUCGUGUCAGACCCGCAGCAACAAUACGAGAUUGCGCAGCAGGUACAUAUGGAGCAGCAUGCCGGGAUUAACAAGACCACAGCCGCCAUCGCCGUCAAGUACCACUGGGUCCGCAUCAAAGAGACCGUCAGCCGAGUCAUCCGAGACUGCCCGCAGUGCAAGGAGACGCUCAAGGUCCCAACACCAAACUCGCAAACUCCGGCCGAUACAUUAAUGGAUACAGACGAGCCAGAACCACACCAGCAUAAACGCAAGCACUCCAAUAUCUCGUCCGAAGAUACCCAAUCUCACACCCAGACUCAUACGCCCACACUGGAUCAGAUCCCGCAAGCCGAACCUCUCCCAACACCCCAACUCAUGCAACAAGCCUCAAUGCAUCAACAUCAAAAUCCCUUCGCAGCACCCCACUCCUCCAUUCUUCAAGGCCAUGUCGGCUCGCUUAGCGACUACACUGCCGUCCCUCUAGACCCGCAAAUCAUGAACCUGCAUCAAAUACCUCGGUACCAAACUCAAGACGCUACCAUGGGAGAUCCAUAUGGACACACACACCCUCAUCAACACCAACAUGCGCACUCGAUCCAUGAGGGGGUAGAUGUGGGAAACGUCCGGCAUGUCGCGCCGAACGAGUACCGCAUGCUCGUAGACGAUCCGACUGAGGACGCGGGUACGUUGGGCCUGGUACAUUCCCAGGCGAGCGAUGUCCAUCACGACCAGCUGAUGAAGUAUCAGUAUGUGGCGCAGGGAGACGACGAGCUUGAUUUUACAUAA